GCACGCCUCAUCUCCUCCACCCAGAGCGAGUGGAUCAGAGAGAAGCAAAGGAGAAGUGACGGGAAAACAACAUCAGCAUCACCGACAAGCAUCUCCCUCACCGGGAGAGGGAGAGAGAGGGAGGGAAAAGGGGGAAGGAGGAGGAGGGGAGAGAGAGCAGAACAGUGUGAGAAAGAAGUUUUUAGUUAGAGGGAGUACAAGCGAGUGAGAGUUUGGAGUGAGAGAGCUCGGUGGGUGGCAGUGGAGCUUCAUUUUCCCUUUCCUUUUCUUGGCUCUGAGUGCCGUCUGCCUCCUCUCUCCUCCCGCUCUCCUCCUCUUCUUCUCUACUUCUCUUCUCAUCCCGUCUCUCCUCCAAGCUCCCGCCGUGGGGUCUCAGCUCUCCGUCUCCCUCCCCCCCUCCCUCGCUCCCUACCUCCCCCGGGCGCUGCUGGGAGCCUCCGGGCUGCUGCGCCGCAGGAGGAUGUCGCGCCGGGAGUCUCCGCCGCCACCCUCGCCACCUCCGCAGCUGCUGGGAGUGCAGAGAGGAGAGGUGGAGUGCGAGGACCGUCCGGAGCGCGCGGAGCCGCUGUCCGACACCGAGAGGGAGAUCGUCCAGGACACGUGGGGGCACGUCUACAAGAACUGUGAGGAUGUGGGGGUGUCUGUUCUCAUAAGGUUUUUUGUCAACUUCCCAUCGGCCAAACAGUAUUUUAGCCAGUUUCAGCACCUGGAGGAUCCUGAGGAGAUGGCACGGAGCAGCCAACUCCGGCAGCAUGCCUGCAGGGUGAUGAAUGCCAUCAACAGUGUGGUGGAAAACCUCCACGACCCUGAGAAGGUGUCGUCGGUGCUGGCCCUGGUGGGAAAAGCCCACGCUAUCAAACACAAAGUGGAACCCGUGUACUUUAAGAUCCUGAGCAGUGUGAUGCUGGAGGUGUUUUCUGAAGAUUUCCCAGAAUUCUUCACGGCAGAGGUGCAGAUGGUGUGGACCAAACUGAUGGGGGCGGUGUACUGGCAUGUGACGGGGGCCUACACAGAGGUGGGCUGGCUCCAGGUCUCCAGCUCGGCAGUGUGAAGAGUCGGGAAGAAGAGGUGGUAAAGAAGUUUUCAGUGGACUCAAUGAAGUUUAAAGAGAGGCAAAAUAAUGUGUUUAAAAUGUUGAUGGAGAUUUUGCGACGAUGGUUUCACAGACAUGGAUCAGAUUAACAUGGUAAUCCGUGCAAUUUUGUUUCUUUAUUCAACUUCUUUUGGAUGCAUUUUGGUGCUAAGCUUUGCACGUCUCGGAGAUCAGAUCAGUUGGACACCAAGUAAUGUAGCCAAACAUUUUUAUUUAACUGCUGUUAGAUUUCCACUUACAUCAGUGGCGCUCUGCUGUGUUAUCACUGCUAAGGCUAACUAUCAGUUCGACAUCCGCACACACUGCUGUUGCUGCCAGAGGCACACAACCAGUCACUUUCUGUGUAGCAUAAAAUCUUCCUUUUUAUACACCUGCUGAGAUAAGACUGCUUCAAAAGUGUUAAUGAACUUCUAAAAUCAAUUAAAAGGUGACCAAUCCUUCUGUUUGUAAGCCUGUCAAGCUUUGCAUUCUUGCAAAGGGCUCAAAAUUGUAGCAGUGGCAGAUGCACUUUAUUUAGAGACAGAUGAGGAUAAAAGCAGAAUUUGCUAAUCGACAUUAGCUGUGCAAGUUAAUAUAUUUCUAGAGUUGUAAAUAUGAAGUGCAACUGCAGCCUGCAAGACCAUUAUGGCUUUUGCCAUAAUGGUCCACUUGAUGGUCAUAUUUUAUUUUUAUUUUUUAUUUUUCCUUGUAUGAUGGUAUCUUAUGGAGUCUUUAAUACCUGUCAAAACACAGCAUUUUUUUCCCAGACAAAAAUUACUGAAAAAGAUCACUUUUUGUCAGCUAACAAUAACUAGAGAUGGGCCGAUGGGGACGUUGUUUCCAUGUAAAACAGAGAUCCAGCUAAAUGGACAAAUUAAAUGCAUGUGUCCUUGUUCCUUUUAAAACAAAGAUAAUUGACUGACAGCUAAUCGAUUUACUACAAAACUGUUAAUGGUCAUUUAUAGUUCUUCUCCAUUUAUGCAAACUACUGAUGAUUGUUUUUAAAAUAAAUAAAACAAUUUCAGACAUUUAUCUUUUCAAAAUCCCUGCAUCUUAAAACAGUUUAGAGUACAACAACAACGAAUGAGAGAAUUUUAGCUUAUUCUUACAUUUUUCAUAUUAAACAGUAAAAGGUGAAAUUUAAUUGUAUUAUAUUUGAUUAUAUCACCUAUGUUUGAAUAGGUUUUGAAUACAUAUGCUUGUUCUAAUGAUCUAAUCGGUUGCUGAACGUGGAUCUAUUGCUAGAAAAGUAGGUCCAGGGUCGAGAAUGUUUGCUUGGUAUGUUCCCGCAGUCUUUGUCCCCCAGACGUUUAUGGUACAUAAUAGGAACCUCUUGGAACUUGUUACAGGGGUUAGCCUUAGGAGGAACUCUCUCAAAGCUAAAUAAAAUGGGAUUGUGUGACUGCACAGCUAAUUUGAAGCCUUGCUUGAAUGAAAAAUAGACAUCCAUGAAAACUGUCAUUUAAAAUGUGUCAAAUUCUACCCAAACGCAGCAAAAGGUCUAAUGUGUUUUAUCAGAAUACUGUAGAAAAAAAUCCCACCCCACCACAUCCAGAAACACAAAGCUUGACAGGCACGCUCUUACGAACAUGUAUUUUAUCCAUCUGGAGCAAGAAAAGACGUUUAUUUCUGAAAAUAAAUGCGGAUUAUACUUAACAGAGUUCAUUUCUGUGGAAACCUGCAGUUUCAAGGUGACGCACAUGAAUACACUUCACAAUACUUUGAAAGAUGGAAGAAAUGCUUAGACACAGAAUGACUUUUAGCUAUUAGAGGGGGCAGUUAGUUGUUGAAGCCCCGGCUACGGGACCAUGGAGCUGCUGACUGUUAAUAGAUCCUCUUUGUGUCCUGCUUCAGUAUAUCCUCAUGUUCAGGGGACGUGCGGCCCCUUUUCUCUCUAUUUAAUGUCUUGUUUAACUUUACUGAGGUGUUGUUUGUAUAAGCGUACAGUGAGUAAAUGUGCACACUCUUCUACCUUCGUAUACAACUCAAGGACACGACCUGUGGAUGCGUAAAAGAGGGCUGGCUUUGCUUCCCCCCCCUCAUUUCAUCUCAUUGCACACACACACACUAACAAUGUGAAAGUGAGAUGGAAAAUAUCAGCAGGUGCACGCUUACACUUUCACGCACAGGCAUGCCGUAAGAUGUCUCUCAUGUGAAUAUUUACAGGACGGUCGCUUAGUUUACAUCUUUAAAACCCGAUCAGAGAGUCAUGCUGCUUUGAAGUCUCCAUUAAGGGCUUUAGAAACCCACUCUGGAGGUCUGUGGAAAACACAUCUGUUUCAGAAGUGCCAUCAGUCGGUUUCUUUAGAUCUCUGACCAGUCGAAAGCAAAAAAAAAAAUCCAAGUAUUACAGAAUGUGGCCUGUGCUGCCUUCUCGUUACCUUACCUGACCUCACCUUCUUUGAAGUUUAUGUGCUCCUGCUGGCAGUCCCCAUCUUCUCAAACACACACAGCAAAUCUGUUUAGGGUGGACACUUGAUCCAAUCUGCAGUUUGCGUCUGCUGCAGUGAUGUUUUGUUUCUCCCAUCUGUCCCCCGUCGGCAUCAGCAUCUGGCAUUAAUGAGGAGGUAAUGAGUCUUCUCUCCUCCUCAUUUGGCCAUUCAUCUACUGUAACUUCCCAUUGCCUCUGCUCGGAGCGCGUCACUGAGAAGGAAAACAAUUACGAGUGGACAGUUGGCAUUAAACCCACCGCGGUCAUUCACAACAGUGCUAUAUACGUGCAUACACGUCUUUCAUUGACUGAAAGAAGAUUCAGAUUCUCGAUUACAAACACACAACACAAAGGAAAAAAACUGGGAUGCUGUGAAAAAUGUAAAUAAAUACAGAAAUGCAAUGAGUUGAAAUUUCAUUAACUCUUAUUUUAUUUAUAAUAGAACAUACAAAACAAAUCAAAUCAUUAAAAUGAGAAAAUGUACAAUUUUUAAGAAACUCAUUUUGAAUUGAUGGCAGCAAAACAUCUCAAAAGUUGGGACAAGUCAGUGAUAACCGCUCUGUAGCAUCCUUUUUCUUUUAACAACAGUCUGUAAACAUCUGGGAACAGAGGAGAACAGCUGCUGGACUUUUGUGCCAUUUUGUCUGAUUGAGGAUUUUAGCUGCUUAAAGGUUCCGUGUCUUCUUUUGUUGUGUUUUUCAUUUUGUUGAAAGGUCGGGACUGCAGGCGGGUCAGUUCACAUCUUGAAUGAUUUGAGUAGAGAACAGUUUCUACUUUGACUCAGUCCAUUUUAAAAGAGCUUUGGCUCAGAGAAGGAGGCACUGUGUCUGGAUCGUGUUCACAUGUGGCUUCUUCUUGGCUUGAGAGAGCUUUUAGUGGCUGUCAUUGUGAUCCGUGUUCAGACGAUGUUUUCUGGAAGCCCGUGCAGUGAUUUCCAUGACAGAAUCAUGCCUGUUUAUGUUGACCAGCAUUAUUCUGGGUUAUUCCAUUUGUAGAUGGUUUUUUUGCAUGUCAGUGACUCUGUUCCAACUUUUUUUAAGACGUGUUGCUGCCAUCGAACUAAAAAUGAGAGGUUUUUCCUGAAAUCCUAAAAUGUCUCUGCUUGAUCAUUUCUACAAAUAAAAUAUGGGUUUGAGAUUUGCACAUUCUUGCAUUCUGUUUUGUUUAUAUGUUAUACAGCGUCCCAGCGUUUUUGGUAAAAGCGUUCUCUAAAGUUCUAAGUGUUUUGUUUUUGUCUUGCACCGGUGGGUUUAAAUAUUAUUCUGUCAUGAUAUCCUUUACAAAAACAGCCCCCUGAUGUGUGAUUGAAUUUUUACCAAAGAGCCCAAGUGAAGAAAACACGCAGUGCUUGUUUUUAGCUCAUCUGACUGAAAGACUGAUGCCUUGGUGAAGCUCGGUCAUCAGGUGUCGUAGGCCUACAGUGCUGGUCUGAUUUUAGUGAAGCUUGCACACUUAUCACUUCACCCAAACGAUGCUCAAGGUUAAUGUUAAAUGUGUUCUUUUAUGGGCCCUUUAUCGCUUUCACUUUACAAACUUUAACAUAUUUACAACUCACUCGCACCUGAUGUACAGAACAGCAUUCGAUUCAGUCCAUUUAGCAAAAUCAUUGACAUAAAAGGAUAAAACAUUGCAUGCGCUACAAAAUAAAUAAUAAUAAUAACUUUGUGAAAUAUCAAAGGAUGCGAUGACUUCAAAUAUUACUUUUGCACACAUGUUGCAUACUACUUGGUCAUGAUGGAGGGCGUGGUCACGAUGGGGUGAGGGGGCGUGGUAGCGGAGGGCGAGGUCAUAUUGGUUGAAAUUCUUUUGUUAAAGUUAAAUGAAGAAUAAUAAUAAUAUAUACUAGCACAUGCCUCUCUCACAGACAGAGCUGAAUCAAUGUAGGAUUCAAAACUAACCUUUAUUCAGGUUGAGGACAAAGGAAUACAAAAUCCUUCAAAGAGACAAACAACAGAAACUCCAGGCACGCGUGAAGGCAGAAUACAAGGGAGUAUUAACAACCACUUUGAGCUCUAAGAGAAGGAAGAUCGGGCAAUUUAUACACACAGGAGGCCAAUCAGGAGGCAAACAGAGGUGCAAACAAUCAGGAGAAAAGCACAGGCAGGAAGCAAAACUGAUGUAAGAAAGCUAGACUUCAAAAUAAAACGGUAAACAAAUGAGACGACACUUGAAGCAGACCAAGAGCAGCUAUUAACAAAAGCUGGGACACAGAAAUGAACACAUAAGGGAACCACAAAACUAAACAUUGCAUUAAAAAAAAAAAAACAAAAAAAAAAACAGUGUGAUAAAAGUCCUUAUGUGGUCAUCUCCCAAUACUCGCACACCAGACGUUGAUAAAAAAAGCAAUUUACUUUUUCUUUUGCUCUGUUUUUGAACAGAGCAUCUUUUUGUUAUCGAUUUAUUUAGACAGACGAGGCGGUCUUCACGGGGAGGUAUGGUAAAUAUCUCCAAGGAUCUCCUUUGAAAUGUCCCACAUGCACACAGGAGCAGAGAACAAACUUCUUUAUCUCACAAAUACCUAGUUUACAUCCCAAGGUAUUACAUUCACAUAGCGGCUCAGUUUCACUGAUUAGCCCGCCAUAAGAAAAUGUCACUUUGUGAUCUUUAGAUAAUGAAAUGAAAACACUACUUGCUGCUUUAACGACUCUCGACUCCUGCAAAUGUUUACUGAAAGCUCCCCUUCCAAGCUGAGCUGUGAGCUAAUCUCUCACAGCAAUGAGUCAGACAGGUGGAUAAAAAUACACGCAGGAGUCAAACAAACGUCAAGAAAACUGUUUCCACUUGGGCUCAAAUCGCUUAGGAGGCAGUAAAACUGCUGCUGGUCUUGAAUGAUCUGGUUUAAAAAUGCACUGCGGUCCUUUUCAAAGCUGCAGGCUCUCUGCAUCUCGCCAUCUGUGUGCAGCACGAACCUCACCACAAUAUAAACACACAGCAUUAUGUGUAGACACAUCCUAGUUAAACAUAUCGCUGCAUUGCUUUCCAUACGCACACGGUUGGGCAUGUUCUCACAUGCAAAGUUUACUACUGCAACAUAAUUCACUUAUUUUAAUCUAAAAAUGUAAAUUUUUUGGCUCAUUCAAUCCAUAUCAUAUGUUCAUGUUCAUUCCCUUUCAGCUAAUAAGGGCAUCACAGCACAUGUGGACUUGUGCGUUUUUGUUGUGAAAUGUUCCUGUCUAUGAGUUGGAAAGUUAGGACUUUAUAUUUUUCUAAAUAUAUCUCUGAGGAGGGUUCUGUGUAUUUCAGUACUGUAUAUGCAUAUGUAACUGUACACUGUUGCUGGGAGCGAAUUCAGUGGCUUUGUAGUGUUUUUGAGCAUGUUUGCACAGACUUGUACCUUCGCAGACCUGGUGAAAAUCAAUCAUGACCAUCAAUA